UAGGGUUCCUAUGGGUAGGGCUUCCCACCCUAGGGUUAGGGUUCCUAUGGGUAGAGCACUUGGAGCUAGGGUUAGGGUUCCUAAGGGUAGGGAUUCCCCACCCUAGGUCUAGGGUUGCUAAGGGGAAGGCACAUGGAGCUAGGGUUAGAGUUCCUAUGGGAAGGACGCCUCGCCCUAGGGUGAGGGUUCCUGCGGACAGGGAAAUUUGAGCUAGGGUUAGGGUUCUUAUGGGUAGGGAUUCCCACCCUAGGGUUACAGUUCCUAAGGGUGGGGCACUUGGAGCUAGGGUUAGGGAUCCUAUGGGUAGGGCAAUUGGAGCUACGGUUAUGGUUCCUAUGGGAAGGACGUCCUGCCCUAGGGUGAGGGUUCCUAUGGGUAGGACACUUGGAACUAGGGUUAGAGUUCCUAUGGGUAGGACUUCACCCCCUAGGGUUAGAGGACCUAUGAGUAGGGUACUUGGAGCUAGGGUUAGGGUUCCUAUGGGAAGAUCUUCCCGCCCUAGGGCUAGAGUUAUUAAGGGUAAGGCACUUAGAGCUAGGGUUAGGGUUUGUAUGGGUAGGGCACUUGGAGCUAGGGUUAGGGUUCCUAAGGGUAGGGCAAUUGGAGCUAGGGUUAGGGUUCCUAUGGGUAGGGCAAUUGGAGCUAGGGUUAGGGUUCCUAAGGGUAGGGCUUCACCCCCUAGGGUUAAAGGACCUAUGGGUAACGUACUUGGAGCUAGGGUUAGGGUUCCUAUGGGUAGGGCUUCCCGCCCUAGGGUUAGGGUUCAUAAGGGUAGGGCACUUGGAGCUAGAGUUAGGGUUCCUAUAUGUAGGACACUUGGCAUUAGGGUUAGGAUUCCUAUGGGUAGGGCUUCCCACUCUAGGAUUAGGGUUCCUAUGGGUAGGGCUUCCCGACAUAGGGUUAAGGUUCUUAAGAAUAGGGCAUUUUGGGCUAGGGCUAGGGUUCCUAUGGGUAGGUCACCCUACCCUAAGGUUAGUGUCCGUAAGGGUAGGGCACUUGGAGCCAGAGUUAGGUUUCCUACUGGUAGGGCACUUGGAGGUAGAGUUAGAUUUCCUAUCAGUAGGGCACUUGGAGCUAGGGUCAGGGUUCCUAUGGGAAGGACUCCCCGCCCUAGGGUUAGGGAUCCUGUUGGUAGGGCACUUGGACCUAGGCUUAGAGUUCCUAUGGUUAGGGUACUUGGAGCUAGGGUUAGGGUUCCUAUGGGUAGGGUUUCCCACCCUAGCGUUAGGGUUCCUACGGGUAGGGCACUUGGAGCUAGGGUUAGGGUUUCUAUGGGUAGGGCUUCCCGCCUUAUCGCUAGGGUUCCUAAGAAUAGAGCACUUGGAGAUAGGGUUAGGGUUCCAAAGGGGAGGGCUGGUUUUAGGAAGUGCGGGGCCCAAUUCAAACAGUUUCGACUGGGUCCUGGCAGGGAUGAGUUUAAAAAAAAAAAAAACAACAUAUUUAAAAAAGCACGUGGGGCUUGUAUUCACUGGGUGCUGCUCUGA